UCUAGACCCGGACUUACCGGUUUUACGGGGUUCGGAGGUUUUGUUUGCAUGCUCCGAACUCUUUGUGGUCGUUCUCUAGACUUUGGGUGUUGGCAUAUCGGCCUGUCGGCCCUUGGUGACGCCGAUUGUGGAUCAAGUCCAUAACAGUCUACGCAACGAGAGAGGUAGGUGCGGGGUAGUCGCAAUCUAACGGCAGACGAUCUGGUUUAUUCCCUCACCAUUCAAUUUGAGUAUAAUCUACUGAGCUUCUUUCCUUUCAUAGCCAGAACAUAAGAUACAAAAUUGUCUCAAUCAUGGUGGUGCCAUUGAUUGCGCUCGAAGAGCAUUAUUUCUCAUCUGCGGUCACUCAAGAUCAGAAAGUCGAUCGUUACGCUAGUUUCCCCCCUCAUAUCCCGGUCAAAUUGAGGGCAGUCGGUGACGAUAGGAUACGAGACCUGGAUAACGGGAAUAUCAAGCUUCAGAUCCUUUCGCAUGCUCCUGGCAUUAGGUCUCCACCUCUAUGUACCGCAGCCAACGAUGAGCUUGCGUCGAAGAUAUCUAAGCACCCGACCCGACUGGCUGGCCUUGCUAUGCUUCCUAUGGACGAUCCAGCCGACGCUGUAACCGAGCUUGAGCGGUGCAUCAGGGAGUUACACUUUGUCGGUGCCUUGGUGGAUAACCAUGUCAACGGAGAGUUUUAUGACAAUCGACGCUUUUGGCCGGUCUUUCAAAAGGCAGUGGAACUCAAUGUGCCGAUAUACAUUCAUCCUUCCUUCCCAGCAGACAGAGAGCAAUACGAGGGUAACUACAGUGAUAGGAUUGCCACUGCACUUAGUGCUUUUGGUUGGGGGUGGCACUCGGAUACUGCCCUAUGCCUUUUGAAGUUGUUUGCCAGUGGGUUCUUCGACUGCUUCCCUGAGGCUAAGAUAAUAAUAGGACAUAUGGGAGAGAUGAUCCCAUUUCAAUUAGAGAGAAUCAUCACGGUGGCAGAUACCUGGGGCCUGAAACGAGGGUUCAGGCAGGUCUGGAAGGAGAACAUAUGGGUUACGACGAGCGGCAUGUUCGCCCUUCCUCCUCUGCAAUGCUUGUUACAGACGACCGAUAUCAGCCACGUCCUCUAUAGCGUCGACUAUCCGUUUUCGUCAAAUGAAAAAGGGCUCGCUUUUGUUGAGGAGGUGCAGAGAAGCGGCCUGCUUUCGGAAGAUGACUUCAAGAAAUUUGCCUUCCGCAAUGCAGAAACAUUGCUUGGUGUGAAAGCUGAAUAGAUCGAUAGAUAGUUUUGAGCCUCAUCGGGGUUACGC